AUCCAUUCAUCCUCACGUCAUCACGUGCAGAAGCAGAAAACCUCCGCCAUAGCCGGACCUUGAAAGCCUCCCCCACCACACAAUCUUGUUGAAGAGCCUAUCGCAUACCGCAAAAAAGCUUAAAAACCCUUUAAUGGUGUCUGAGCCAGUCCCAAUUACAGACCCGAGUAAUCCAAUGCCGAUCCCAUCCAAAGAAGACGACGACCUUCCCGAUUCAUCCUCAGCCCUUUUAUCCCCCAAUCAAGCCUACGGUUCCUCACGUCCCCUUUUCUCAAGACUGUUAGUCGUCUUCCUUCUCCUGUUCGCUUCAGUUGCGUUCUGUACGGCCAUCGUCUUCGCAGUUUUGUUCUUUUCCGGUACCUCUCCUCGAUCUUCACUCAGCUCUGAAAUUCCACGCGAUGUCUCAAGAUCUCUCUCGAAGCUUAAAAAACCAGUCGUGCUGCUGAUUUCCUCCGACGGAUUUAGGUUCGGGUAUCAGUACAAAACCGCGACUCCCAACAUCGAUCGGCUGAUUCAAAACGGGACUGAAGCUGAAUUGGGACUGAUUCCAGUCUUUCCGACGUUGACUUUCCCUAACCAUUACUCCAUCGUCACAGGCUUGUACCCUCCCUACCAUGGCAUCAUCAACAACCAGUUCACCGAUCCGUUGACUGGGAGGAGAUUCUCCAUGAGCAGCCACGAGCCGGAGUGGUGGUUAGGCGAGCCGCUGUGGGAGACUGUGGUCAACAAUGGCUUGAAAGCCUCGACGUAUUUCUGGCCAGGCUCAGAGGUGAAGAAGGGCAAAUGGAACUGUCCCAAAGGUUUCUGUAUGCCUUACAAUGGCUCUGUGCCGUUUGAGGAGAGAGUCGAUACUGUUUUAAAAUACUUCGAUUUGCCUGCCGAUGAAAUCCCUUCGUUCAUGACAUUGUAUUUUGAAGAUCCUGAUCAUCAGGGCCACAAUGUAGGUCCUGAUGAUCCUCAGAUCACCGAGGCUGUUUCCGAAAUCGAUCUAUUGAUCGGGAAGCUGAUCAAGGGGUUAGAAGAUCGACGAAUCUUCGAAGACGUGACAAUCAUUAUGGUCGGGGAUCACGGAAUGGUCGGCACCUGCGAUAAAAAGAUCGUAGCUUUGGAUGAUCUCGCCGAAUGGAUUGACAUACCCCGCGAUUGGGUGCAAUCCUACACUCCAUUGUUAGCCCUUCACCCGCCACCGGGGAACUCGGUGAAGGACAUUGCGGAGGAGAUGGUUGCAGGGCUGAAGUCGGGGAAAGUUGAAAAUGGCGAACAUUUGAAAGUUUAUCUGAAGGAGGAGUUGCCGAGCAGGCUGCAUUAUUCGGACAGUUAUCGAAUCCCUCCGAUCCUCGGGCUGCUCGACGAAGGAUUUAAGUUGGAGCUUACAAGAUCGAAGGAUCAAGAGUGCGGCGGAGCGCACGGUUACGACAACUCGUUUUUCUCGAUGAGGACCAUUUUUAUCGCCCACGGACCUCAAUUCGCAAGGGGCCGGCGAGUACCUUCGUUCGAGAAUGUUCAGAUAUACAAUUUGGUUACUUCGAUAUUGAACAUUUCCGGAGCUUCUAACAACGGGACGGAUUCGUUUCCACAGAGCAUUUUGCUGCCUAGCCAUUGAAGGUUGUUGUUUGAUUAAUUAACGAUGUGUUCUACGGCUGCAACGGCGAGUUUUGGAUGAUGAUUUAAUGGCAAGACUGAGUCGAUUGGGGUUGGAGUAGAGUUUGUUGUGAUCGGAAACAAGAUUUGGAGCAUCCAUGGAGUAUGUUGGUUCUGUUGAUUUUGUCAUCACGUGGAUUAUGGUAAUAGGUGUUGUAUUGUUGUGUAAUAUUUGCUGUGAAUUAUGUUAUUUGGAAUUUCAAUAAUUGGCCUCGUUACUUUUAGGUGUUGUUGCUUGCGAGGGUUAUUCUCUUUCGACAUAAUUAAGGAUUACUAAUUA